AUGUCCGCAGCUGAUGACACCACUUGCACAUCAUCGCCAACCGAUUCCUUGGUGCUGGGUGCGCAAUCCCACCUGCCGACCUUGUUGAACCCUGUAAAAGCGGUUGACACCAUGACAAGUAUAUUAUGGAAUUGCGUGAAGCUCAAUAAUACUAUUAGCAAGUAUGGUCGGCAAACUCAGCAAAUCUGGUCCACCACAGAAGUCGAAAAAAUGCGAUUGUACGUGGACGAUAUCGCGCAACGUGAAUAUGAAGAGGCGGUUCGUAUUGUGAGAAGAGACAACGCGCUUUUGGCAGGAAAAGAUAUGCAAGGCCGGUAUAAUGAGACCGUUUACUGGGACAUCAUUUCUAAAGGAGCCAAGUUGAUCCACCCUGCGACCUUACCCACCCCCAAGGAACCGCUGGACGAGUUUACCAUGGCCGAAAAGGUUGCGACAAAGGUGUUCAUGCGAGAAGCAGGGUUCGGAACCAGUGUGGAGAAUCAGCGGCGGUGUCGGAAUCUUUGGAAGAAGCUGUCUGAGAUGCGCAGGGCGGGUAUCAGCAAGAUUCUCCUAUACCGAACGAACGAAUUUGACACUUACUGCAAAAGUUUUACCCAAGAUGCUGGAUCUUUAACUGAUGUGGUUAUGUCGUGGGAAAGGGUCUAUGGCCCGCUACUAGAACAGCUGGAAAAUCGAAUGAUGAAACAAGGUGCUGAGGAUUUCACCGGUGUAUCGGAUCUCCUGCAUGCGCAUGUGGCAGAAAUAAUAGACGUCGGGAAAUCCUCGUGGAAUAAUGCGUUCAAUAAGUGGCGCUUCAAGCGAGAAGCAUCCACAUUUGCACUCGCAUGUAAACCUGAUGUUGCAUCAGAUGACCCUCUGUGGUGCGUCGCCGAUCAACAUAUCGCGUCUGAGAGCGGCCGAAACAAGUCAAUCUUUAUAUUUCUUUUCCGGAGAAAUAACAGAUUUCUGUCUGUCUGCCCCAUUGUGCCGGUGAAUCAAGGAGAUCUCCUCGGUGUCUUCGCUGGAGAACUUCGUUUCUCCAACGAUUUCGACAAUCUAUACGGAAUUCGAGGGCCUUCCGAAAAAUUAUGGUUAGACUAUUCACAGGUUACUGGAACGCUGAAUCAGAUGAAAGUUUCGCAGCACCGUAAUGAGGCAAAUGUGCAACUUCAUUGGGAACCGGUUAACGAGCAUAGAGGUAAAGACUCAAGCGUCUCAUGGAUCAUUUCAGUUCGGGCAAUCAAAGCUAUUAUGCCAUUCGAGGAGAUCGUCCGAGAAGCUCCUCAAAAAGAGCAAUACCUUCUUCAUCGGUCGGAAAUUUUUGCCAAGCGAGGAUUCACAAAAAAUAAGCCCGAAUCCGGAAAAUGGGGUGCCGCUAAGACGUAG